AUGUACUUGAUCCCCCAAGGCACGACCUACACGGGUGGUGGUGACGGCCCCAGAACGACGGCCCUGGGCUCGCGCCCAAAACUUCUGAACCCGGAGGUGGCCGGGAAGGUCUGGGAGCUGGUGCGGCGGAAUCUGGACUGGGUGGCGGCCAACCACAGCUCUGAGACCUGCGACUGGUGGGAGGAGGUGCGCUCCAGCGACUUCUUCGGGAACCGCUACACCAUUGCGCAAGGCGCGUUUCAAGCGGAUGAGGCGGAGGGCGGCCCGGCGUACUCGCGGCGGCCAAGGAGAUCGGCAGCAGCUGGGGUGAUUCAGUGGAUGCCAGCGGGUUACGUCUUCGAGCCAUUCCAAGUGGGGGACUUGGAGGAUGGGCUGUUCGGGCCGUUGAGCACUCCGGUGGUGAGGACGCUGGCCACCUUGAGCGACUUGUUCUGCAAGAGCUACGCGGUGAACCAGCAGGCGGCGGCGGCCAAAACGCCCGGCGUGCUCUUCGGGCGCUACGAGGGCGACAGCUACGACGGGGGCAACCCCUGGGUGUUGCUCACCGCUUCUGCAGCCACGCUGCUCUACCGGCAGGCGCAGGCUUUGGCCAAAGGCGGCUCCAUGGACGCGGAUGCCAAUCAGGUGCUGCACCAGCUGUUGGGCCGGGAUGUUACUCAGCAGAAUCUGCUGGGCGCAGGAGACGCGCUCCUUCUGCUCAUGAAGAAGUACUUGACCAAUGGCAUGCACAUGAACGAGCAGAUCGACCGCAAUGACGGCAGCCUCAAGUCUGCCAAGGACUUGACUUGGAACUAUGCCAACGUCUUGAAGGCUAUCGCUGCGCGGAAGGCGGCCGCUGCGACGGAGACUUUGGUGAUUUGA